ACAGAUGUAGUAAAAAGCUGAAAACGGCAUGCGCAAACAGACGUUUCGAAAAGGUUAUAUGUACUGCGAUCUUCAACUUAAACCGUUUCCAACAUUCAACACGAAAAGUUUUUUUCCAAGUGAUUGAUUGAAAAAAAAAGUUAGUUUUUGUGUGUUUAUAAUUUAAUUGUCAUUCGAAGCAAGUGUCUGACCGAGUGUUUGUUAAAACUUUAGCAAAAUUAUUCAUUCUAACCUAUAAAGUGUGUUGCGUAUUUCGAGUGAAACUAAAAUCGGUGUUUAAAUGUAGCAGAGAUACAGUAAUGCAUUUGGGAUUAUUGACCUCCUUAAAAAGCGUGAGGAUAUACUGGUGAGAGUUCAGCGCAAGAACUUUGGUGUUCAUGUCUCAAGAAGUUUUAAGUUGUCAUCUAAAUUAUAGUAAGGAGUUUUCUAAUAUUUUACCACACUGGCAUAUUCUGGUAGCACCGUGCCGCCCGUACUGUGGAGAUCUCGCCGUAAUCCGGCAGGACUGCGGUUGCGCAACGUCGACGAGUCGGCCGGUAUGACCGCGGAGCAGGGGGGGUCCGCCGACGUGGUCAGCGCCGGGCCCCUCCCUGCGCCCGCUAAUUCGAACGCGCCGACACUGCCUCACCACAGGCGGUAUGACCAGGAACACGCACGCAUGGAAGCGUGGCUGGACGAGAACCCUGAUUUCGUCCAAGACUAUUUCAUGAGGAAGGUAACUCGGCAAGUGGUGGACGCGUGGCUGGUGUCUCACGCGACCCCAUCGUCGGCUGGCGGUGACCUGCAGUCGCCGUCGUACCAGGGCUGUGCAUCGCGGAGUGGCUCCGGAGCCACGACGCCAGUCAGAAAGAUUUCGGCGCACGAGUUUGAGCGCGGCGGACUCCUACGUCCGAUUGUGACUACCGUGGACGGAACUCCGACGUUUUUAAGUGUUGACGAAGACUCCUGCUCCACGGGGGGUUCAUCUGGAGGUUGCUACGGCUCCAGUAGCGGUGUUUCAUGCGGUCCUACGGGUCCAAGCUCGCCUGGCGGACCAGGUUCUCGGGCACAGAGGCGAAGCAGGCAUGAACUUCGUAAUCUCGAUGAGAAAGAACUAAUAUUCGAAUUGGUAAAAGACAUAUGUGAUGAUUUAGAUGUGCGAUCAUUAUGUCAUAAGAUUUUACAAAAUGUAUCGACACUAUUACGAGCUGACCGUGGUUCCCUCUUUUUGGUUCAAGGUUGCAAAACGCAAACAUUGGCAACAACUAAUAGAACGAAUUGCACUCUUCCUGGUAGAAAAUGUUUGGUGUCUAAAUUAUUCGACGUGUGUUCCCGAUCGACACUUCCAGAAAUGGAAAAACAUGAAGAAAUUCGGGUUGAGUGGGGAACAGGUAUCAUAGGCCACGUCGCUGAAAGUGGCGAGCCAGUGAAUAUUCCGGAUGCAUAUAAGGAUGAUCGUUUUAAUCGCGACAUAGAUCUGCAGACCGGAUACAGGACGAGAUCUUUGCUCUGCAUGCCGAUCAAAGAUGCUUCAGGUGAGGUUUUGGGUGUGGCGCAAGUUAUAAAUAAACUGGGACCAGAACAAUCUUUCACGGAAUCGGAUGAAAAGGUUUUUGCAGCCUAUUUGCAAUUUUGCGGCAUAGCCAUGCGAAAUGCUCAACUUUAUGAAAAUAGCCAAUUAGAAGUGAGAAGAAACCAGGUUCUUUUAGAUUUAGCUAGAAUGAUAUUCGAAGAGCAGAGCACAAUUGAACAUAUGGUUCUACGAAUAUUAACACAUAUACAAAGUUUAAUCCAAUGCCAAAGAGUGCAGGUAUUAUUACUGCACGAAGCUUCUAAAGGAAGCUUUUCACGAGUUUUUGACUUCGAAGCAAAUGACGUGAACGCUGACGAAUCAGAUGUUCGAACAAGUCCUUAUGAGUCGAGGUUUCCUAUAAAUAUUGGCGUCACUGGUCAAGUGGCUACAACAGGUGAGACUGUGAAUAUACCAAAUGCAUAUGAUGAUCCCAGAUUUGACCCAAGUGCCGAUGAGGGUACGACGUUUCGGCACAAAUCCAUUCUAUGUAUGGCCAUAAAGAAUUCUUUAGGACAAAUUAUUGGUGUCAUACAACUUAUAAAUAAGUUCAAUGAUUUGGCAUUUACGAAAAACGAUGAGAAUUUUGUUGAAGCGUUUGCCAUUUUCUGUGGGAUGGGUAUACAUAACACACAUAUGUAUGAAAGAGCAGUGGUAGCUAUCGCAAAGCAGUCAGUAACACUGGAAAUUUUAAGUUACCAUGCCUCUGCGAGUCUGGAUGACGCACAGAAACUUAGGAGUUUACGGGUUCCUUCAGCAGCACAUUUUCAACUACAUGAUUUUAAGUUUGAUGAUAUCAACAUGGAUGAUGAUGAUACACUUAAAGCUUGCCUAAGAAUGUUUCUAGACUUGGAUUUUGUGGAACGAUUUCACAUAGACUAUGAGGUUUUGUGCAGGUGGUUGCUCAGUGUCAAGAAGAAUUAUCGCAAUGUCACCUAUCACAAUUGGCGGCACGCUUUCAAUGUAGCUCAGAUGAUGUUUGCCAUAUUAACGGCCACUCAAUGGUGGAAAAUAUUUGGCGACAUUGAGUGUCUGGGUUUGAUAAUAGCAUGUUUAUGUCAUGACUUAGAUCAUCGAGGGACAAACAAUUCUUUUCAAAUAAAAGCGUCCUCUCCACUUGCUCAGCUAUAUUCCACAUCAACAAUGGAACAUCAUCAUUUUGAUCAGUGUCUAAUGAUCUUGAACAGUGAUGGCAAUCAGCUGUUAUCUAAUCUCUCACCAGAUGAUUAUUCCAGAGUUAUUCAUGUAUUGGAAGAUGCAAUAUUAUCCACGGAUCUUGCUGUUUAUUUCAGGAAACGGGGUCCUUUCUUGCAUGCUGUUCAUAACAGCUCUAUCUGUGACUGGUCUCAGGAUGAGCCCCGGUCUUUGCUUCGGGCCAUGAGCAUGACAGUGUGCGACUUAGCUGCAAUUACAAAGCCCUGGGAAAUUGAGAAGCGAGUAGCUGAAUUGGUUAGCAAUGAGUUCUUCCAACAGGGUGACAUUGAACGAGAUAAAUUAAACAUCACACCUAUUGAUUUAAUGAAUAGGGAAAAAGAGGAUGAACUUCCAAUGAUGCAAGUUGGAUUUAUUGACUCAAUCUGUAUACCAAUUUAUGAGGCUUUUGCUACUUUAUCAAACAAAUUGGAACCUCUUGUCGAAGGCGUAUUGGCUAACAAGAAGCAUUGGCUGGAACUAGCUUCACAGAAUAAUAAAGAGAGUAACUCUGAUGAAGAUGCUGAAAUUGAAACAAAUAGUUUAUAAAUGUAGUAA